AUGGUCGCUCCCACUUCAACGUUUCUGAAGACUUUCUGGAGAGUGCACCAGAACUCCUUGAACUCGUUGAAAGCUCUGGAUAACGAGGCUUCAGUUGACGAAAAGGAAGCUCAUCGGAAGCAGUCAGCGAAGAUUCUCAAAGAAAUGUUCGCACCAAACUUUACACGUGCUGUGCUGGAGCUUGUGACAUCUGACGAGGCUCGUGAACAGCUAGCUGAUACUUUACAAAAUAAGGCACCAUGCUUCACAGACGAGUUUGAGACAGCGGCGGUGGAGUGCAUGGCUGCGAUGGUUCGAGGGCAAGUUUUGGAUCCCUCUCGCUUCCAUAGCCUUCCAGAGAUAGACCCGAACACGAGGCGGGCGGCAUCAGCGAUGAUCGAGCUAGGGUUUGCUAAGAUCAUCGGAGGUAAUGUACUGAAGGACUCUGUGAAGGCAUCCCAUGAACCAGGUCAUCUCUCCUCGGACUCGCAUCGUAAAGAGUUGGUCCAUGGCUGUCCUAUGGUGAAUAGCGUCUUGGUUGAGCGGGUUAAUAGAAUGAUUGAUUCACUGGAGGAAUGGAUUCGAGCUCCCUCGAAUACUCGGAAUCCUACCGACGUUAAUAUUUCUCUUACUAAUGCUGCUAACAGUCCCGUACUUAAACUGUAUAAGGACAUUCCAGACGCUUCGCUAAAGGAGGAUUUCAUGACCGUACUAGCUAUUACAAUUCGUGAGGCAUCAAACAUACCCGCCUGCAAGGAGUACGCCGAUGAGGCUGAUCGAGAGUUUUUUGUGUUACAUACCACUGGGAAGAGUGUUCUAUCACGUUGGCUCGACAAGCAGAUUCAGAAGCAUAAUUCACGAGCAUUGGAUGACUAUAAGAAGUAUCUUUCGAUGGGUCCUAGGGAAACAGAUGCCGCGAUUCAAGCUCUUACGUCAAUACUCCCGCUUGGAAGUAGUGAGUUCUCUCUGCCAUUCGGUGCUGAUAUCGAUCGGGCCAUCACUAAUUUCCACUUCACUAGCAUAAACUCUUCCAAGGCGGCUCGUCUCCCGCGGGAUGUCCUUUCUGGGGAGACAGUCGGAUCAAUUCUCCGACUUCUUGGCGUUGGAGUCUUCGAGGUGAAUGUCCAGAAUACCACGGCCAAGUGUAUAAGCCAACCACAGAGCAGAGUUGCGAAUGUGAAGAAGAUACAGAUGGCGGAUCCGAACGUUUCAACACGAGAUAGCUCUGAUAUAGUCGUUAUGAGUAUGGGAGCUGCAGUAGGGUCUAGUGCUGACACAGCUUCGACACUGGCUGCUGGCAUUGCUGCGCAAGCUAAAGCAACUCUGAACGGUGCGACAGUGCCCCGGACGGCGGUGAGUUGA